GAGCGAGUUACCGGAAGCUUUUUCAUUCAAGACGUCCUCGGGAGCUGCAUUUCCUGAAAUAAGAGCAGCAGAGCAGAAAGAAACAGACUAAGUGUUUGUACCAUGAUCAGAGCAUUGAAAUUCUCCCCUGCUUCAAGGAUGCAUCAUGGUUUUGCCUGGGUUUCCAUUUUCUGCUUCACCUCAGUUGUCAAUGCUGCUGUGAGUCAGAGUAUGCAGCUGCAGAUCCGGCCCCAGGUCACAGCACGGUGUGGAGAAAAUGUGACUCUGAUGUGCAAUUUCAGCUCAUUGAAGCAGAUGGAUGUGCAGUUAAUAAAACUUUCUUUGCUGGCUGAUAAUAAAACAGAGAAAUGUGAGUACAAGAAUGAUCAAGCUGACGGAAACGUUCGUUGUGAAAGUACAGACAAGGAUUCCUACCAAACACUCGCCAUGAUUCUGACCAACAUCAUGCCAGUGAGUGAGGGAAAAUACCUUUGCAAAGUGGCCACCAAUGUGGGAGUACUGUAUAAUCAUACUUAUGUAAAGGUACAAGACUGCUCUGGAAGCUCAGACAGCUUCAGGAAUGCAUCUCAUGCCGUAUGCUCAUUCAGCGGGAUUCACCCCAGCGGGGUGGUACACUGGUUCUGGGAAGACAAUAACAUAACAAAUGCCACCAUCACUCAGCAAGACAGGGGCCAGCAUGGGCUUUAUAAUAUCCUGAGUACAAUAAGGGAAGAGGAGGACAAACUGAACUACCCUUAUAAAUGCUUAUUGUGGAUACCCUCUCUCAACAAGUAUCUCUCUAGUCAGGAAGUGACAUCAUCAGUGAGCCAGAAAGUGAAGUCAUCAGAGAGUCAGGAAGGGAAUUCAUCAGAGACUGCAGUCAAACUGCACUGGAUCUGUAUUGUAGUGGAGAUCCUAAUGUUGAAUUUUAGGAUGUAAAGAAAAUGGCACAGAUUAAAUGAUAAUGAAGCAGUGAAUGAGAGAGAAAUCUAUCCCAGCCCAGUGCAUUAUGGUUAAAAAAAAUAAUGUCUGUUUGUUUUUGCAGGUGUUUAUGCAAACCUUCAGAUAAAUGUCUUCUCAGGAACGACAUUUGAGGUUUCACUAAUUAGAGAUUUGUCUGGAUUAGAAAAUCUAACUGAAGAUGGUAAUUUAGGGCUUGGUGAUAAUAAAAAUCCACUUUCAGCCUUGAAUUUUACAUAACACUGAGUUAUGAAAACACAUUUCCCCACUGGAUGGCAGCACAGGUUUUCUGUGCAACCCAAGAGGAUUCAAACUACGCUUGAAUACAGCUAAAAAAAAAAAGACAUCUUAAAAAAAACUAAUGCUUUUCCACAGAUUUACUGUGUUUGUUUUCAUCUGAAUUUUAGAAAAUUCCACUUGUUCCCCAAAAACAGUUCCCCAAUAAAAUUCAGUCUUCUAAUAAAGUUUUAUGGUCACUGCAGGCAAAAGGGUCAAUUUGUUUAUGAUUAUCAAUUAACCAGGUGGCCAAAAGGAGGCAGUGUUUCUUUUCAAGAACGACAGAUGCAGUGCAAUGAUGCAUACACACACUUCAGAAAUCAUUUUUAAAUUAAUAUAAAUUCAUUUAAUAUACACUGAUAAGCUUAAACUGCCCCUUUAACACAAUAAAAGCAUCUAUUGUUAACCACUUUUUUCAUUCUUCAUAACUGUUUUGUGCACAUUCAGUUCAUAUGUAUAGUUUAAGCCAAACCUAAUCUAAAAUCUGAGCUCCUGAUUUAAAAUUUAUCAUAAGGAAACAUGCUGUACAUAUUGUAUAUUGGGGUUUGUGAUUUUUGUCUGUUUUGUGUUUUGUAAUGAUGCUGCAUAAAAGUGUGGACAGCCAUGAAUGUAAUCUGUUUUAAAUUUAAGGGAUUAUAGAAAGCAUGCAGCAUCCUUAUAUCAGAUGGCCUGUUUUCUUCUCAAGUCUUCGGAUCCACUCUGUGGGAGUGAAGAACAUCUUGUGUACAGAUUUGUCUGCUUUCAGUGAUGUGAAUGAGUGUGAAGUGAAUGUUUUGCUUUGCAAGUUUUGACAACAUUUAUUUUUCUACUCGAUGGAGCUUGUUGCACCCAGUUAAUAAACUUGUAAGACUUUAUUUUUGUUAUGUUGGAACAUGGUUCACAGCUGGAAGAGUAACUGGGUCUCUGCAGCCACAGCAUGGAGCUACAAUGAGUCAAGUGAGCCAAGCAAUCAUGUAACAGCAUGUGCCGACAUUAUGCUGCAGAGCUCUGUUCCUGCAUGUCGCUGAUUGUAGGUUAAUCAAUCACACAUGCAAGAACAGGGUCAAGAAGGCUGACAGUGCAAACUGAAGAAAUUAAGUGUUAAAGUUGAUGCAUGGAUGUAUGUUGAAUAAAAUUGAGUUUGGUUUGUU